AAACACUUCGGGUGUGAUAUCCUUAGGGUCCCAAAGCUGCCGCAGUGGCAUUAAGCAGCAAUUAUUUAAAAAAUUGUGACGAUAACCUCUAGCUAAAAAUCUGUUAUAAGCGGAGUCUUCCCAUAAAAAGGACCAGUAAGUAGAGCUACGGUGGACGCUUGUGUACAAAUAAUAAAGCAGAGAGGACAAGACCGCCAAAAUGCGAAAUUUAAUUGUCCACAGUGGCGGCUUUGAAGACUUUCACUCCCUUUAUGACUGCAUUACUCGCACUGGCACAAAGACGCACACAUAAUAUGCAGCAACAAUGAGAACAUCCUAAUCCUUGCAAUUCUACUGAGCAGCAACGACAACGCCACAAACAAUUUGAGCUGAUUUAUUGCGGCGCACGUGACAGAGUCGUAGCCAGAACCUGAACCACAGAGACAAAACCACACAUCCCCCAAUCGUAAUGGAUGCAGUAGGAAGAGCGACAAUGUGGCGGCGACGCAAGCCAAUAACAACAGCAACUAUCGCUAAGCCACUUUACAAUCCAGCAACGUUGACUUUAGUCAUACUGUUGUUCAACAUCACCUCGGCGGCGCUAACUUUAGCUGCAGCAUUGGGCACGACGAGCGAAGCGACAAUUCAGCAUAGCAACAUAACCCAAACCAUUACAACAAGUGCAACAAAAGCACACAUGAAUGCCACCACCGAAGUUAGUUCGACUCCGCCAAUUACCGAGGCGGAGCUAAAAACUGUACUAACCACAACGCCGGCAUCGAGCGCGGCGACUACGAUGAGCGCAAGCACGAUGAGCACGACCAUGAGUAUGCAUCGAGGCGGCGGCGUGGAUGUGCGCUAUGAGGUCGAACAUAAAGAUGACUUAAUCAACGAUCCAUAUGUGCAGAUCGUCUUCUGCAUCAUCUACACGACCGUCUUCGUGUUGGGCAUAUUUGGCAAUGCGCUCGUUUGCUAUGUCGUCAUACGCAAUCGUGCCAUGCACUCAGUUACGAAUUACUUCAUAACGAAUCUAGCGAUCUCCGACAUAUUGCUCUGUGUGCUGGCCGUGCCCUUUACGCCGCUCUACACCUUCAUGGGCCGUUGGAUAUUCGGCGCCACCAUGUGUCAUCUGGUAUCGUAUGCGCAGGGUUGCAGUAUAUAUCUGUCAACCUUUACGCUAACAGCGAUCGCUGUGGAUCGUGUAUUUGUAAUCGUGUUCCCCUUCAAGCCGCGCAUGCAAAUACGCACCUGCUGUUAUACGCUCGCUUUUAUAUGGUGCUUCUCCUUGGUGGCCACUAGUCCAUAUGCCUUAUAUAUGCGCGUUGUUGUGGCGCAUGUUAAGAAAAAGUAUGUGAAUACCGGUGAGACGUUCAUUGCGAAUAGUACAAAUAGUCUGCGUGAUCAUUUGAAUGCCACAACCACACCGUACGGUAUUUAUCUGCUGACCGAUGCGAUUACAACGGUGGCUUCGGUAACUGGUAUCAAACUUAAUUUGGACGUUUCACCGGACGCGGAGUAUGAUGAUGACGAUGUCACGAUAUACUGCGAAGAGAAUUGGCCAUCGGAGAGUUUUCGCCGUGGUUUUGGUAUUUUGACAACGCUCGGUCAGUUUGUCGCACCGUUAGGCGCGAUUACGGUAUGUUAUAUUUGGGUGUCGGUGCGACUGAAUAUGCGCGAACGCUGUCGGCCCGGCGCUAAAUCGGCGGCGCGCGAUGCAGCCGAUCGUGAACGUAAGAAGCGCACAAACUUCAUGCUAAUCGCGAUGGUUGGCGUCUUCGCUUGCUCGUGGUUACCGAUGAAUAUUGUCAAUAUGGUUGAUGAUUUCUAUGACAAAUCGAAUGAUUGGUCUUUCUACACAUUCAUCUUCUUCAUAACGCAUGCGCUGGCCAUGUCCUCGACUUGCUACAAUCCCUUUUUGUAUGCUUGGCUGAACGAGAACUUUCGCAAAGAGUUCAAACAUGUGUUGCCCUGCUUUAAUCCAUCCAAACAUCGUCAAGUGAAUCGUCACUGUUAUAAUCGUUCGGAUCGCAAUACCUGCGAGGGCGGUCGGCGUCGCAAUGACAUGGGCAAUGGGGUAGGUGUGAGCAUAGAUAUCGAUGAGGGCGAUGAUGAUGAGCAUGAGAAUGGCGUUACGCAGGAGACAUCAUUGGCCAGAGUGAAAGACAAGUGCAUGAGCGAGACACUCGAACUGACUUGUAGCAAUAGUGGUGAUGUCUUAACAUCGAAUAAGUGUUGUAAUACGGUAAUGGUGCAUGGCACGCAUGUGGUGGAUAUCACUGUGAAUGGCAAGGGUCAACAUGAUAAUUGUAAUAAUGCGCUGGAUGAGGAUUGUGUGUCGGGUGAUGAGCAUACUGUGGAGAUGCAUUUUACGGAGACGGCGUUCGUGAGUUUGGACAAUGGCAAGGAUAUUUGCCUGUUGGAAGCUGGCUGUAACAAAGAGGUGGGCGAGCAAAUUUUUAACUAA